UGGCGGCUGGAAGUUCCGGGGAAAUUCACGAAAUGAUAUCAAAUUUGUUUUCACUGUGGUCUCUCGAGGCAAAAAUAUAGACUAUGGCAGGUGAAAAUGACAGUAAAGAUAAAAGUAAAGAAGCAGGACCCGAUGAAAAGUCCCCAAAGAAAAAACGUAGACUAAACUUCAAAUUUGGAAGUAAGAAAGACAGCAAACCCAAAGCUCGGUGGGGAAAAGCCAUAUCUAGUGUUCGGCAGAUUCAAAAGAAAGAAGCACCUGUGAGAGAUUCAUUUUUGGAUAGAUUUACAGUCACUGGAAGAUCUUUUUCAGCAGAAAAUGAGGCUGUGGUGUACACAUUCAAAGACUACUUUUCAAAAAGUUUUUGGAAGAGUGUGGUUGUAGACCCGUCAAAUGAGAAUUAUUUCUACUGGUCAAUGGUUGUGAUGUUUGCAGUGCUAUAUAACAUCCUGUUUAUCAUACUGAGGUGUGUUUUCCCCCAACCACAUGAAAGUAACCUUCUUCCCUUGUGGUUCACUGUCGAUUACAUUUGUGAUUGCAUCUACCUUUGCGACAUGUUCAUAAAAUCAAGAAUAGGUUUUCUGGAGCAAGGUUUGCUUGUUCGUGAUGUAAAGAAGCUAACCCAAAGAUAUUUAAAGACUUGGAAGUUUUCUGUAGAUGUACUGAGUAUCUUACCUACAGACAUUGGCUACAUCUGGAUCCAGUACAGUGCAGUAUUUCGAUUUAAUAGAGUACUGAAGACGUGGCGGCUUAGAGAAUUUUUUCAGAUGGCAGAAACGCACACAAACUUUCCAAAUCUUAUCAGAGUAUCAAACCUGGUCCUGUAUAUUAUUAUUAUCAUCCAUUGGAAUGCGUGUUGUUACUACUAUAUCAGUGAACUCAUUGGUUUUGGUACCGAUGAUUGGGUUUAUCCUGAUCCCGAAAGUGCAGGCUUCGACACUUUCAGUAAACAGUUUACUUUCAGUUUAUACUGGUCAACUCUGACACUAACAACUAUUGGAGAUACCAUGUGGCCUGUAACUCCAGUAGAAACACUGUAUUGUUUCACCUGUGCUUUAAUGGGUGUAUUAAUCUUUGCUACUAUUUUUGGUAACGUCGGAGCCAUGAUAAACAACAUGGAUGCAGCUAGAAAUGAAUUUCAGAAUAGGGUUGACAAUGUUAAAAGAUACAUGGAGCUGCGAGGUAUCGGUGAAGAACUUCAAAAUAGAGUUAUAAAAUGGUUUGAUUAUACAUGGAAUAAUAAACAAUCUAUUGAUGACAAAGAGGCUUUACAGUUUUUACCUGAGAAAUUAAGAGCUGAAAUCUCAAUCCAUGUACAUAUGCACACAUUGAGGAGAGUUGCAAUAUUUCAGGAUUGUGAGCCAGGUUUACUGGUGGAACUUGUGUUAAAACUGAAACUUCAGGUAUAUAGUCCUGGUGAUUUCAUUUGUAGAAAAGGUGACAUAGGUAAAGAGAUGUACAUUAUAAAACGUGGGAAACUGCAAGUGGUAUCAGAAUGUGGUAAGAUAGUAUUUGUAACUCUCAGUGAUGGUGCUGUAUUUGGUGAGAUAAGUGUGUUGAACAUUGCAGGUAACAAGACAGGUAAUCGGAGAACAGCAAGUGUAAAAACGGUUGGGUAUUCUGAUCUGUUCUGUUUGACAAAACAUGAUCUGUGGGAGGCUUUAGAAGAAUACCCAGAAGCUAAGAAAAUGUUGCUCGAAAAAGGUAAACAGUUGCUAAGGAAAGAUAAACUGCUAGAUGAAGAAGCAGCACUCCGUGAAGAACGACGUCAACAAGCAAUGACUGCAAAGAUAGAAAUUAUAGUAGAUGCUGUUGAUGAUAUUCAGAGGAGCAUUGAUAAACUUUAUGAAAAGAUUGAUAGAAUCACCCAUCAAACAAAGUCUAGAGUAAGCAUGACUGGUAUAGACAUCGUCAGACCGUUGUCAUCUGUUGAAAUUCCAGAGAGGGUGUCUUCUGCUGCAAAACUUAGAACUCCAUCACCCAUCCAAGAAGUAGAAGAACCAGAUACUAAAAAAGACCAGUCAUCAGAAAAAUCAGAUCAGCAGAAGACAGAACCUGAAACUGAAGAGAAAAAUGCUGCUGCAAAGCAACCUGAAACACAAAAAGCUAAGACAGAUUCAGGAUCAGACAGUAAAUCUGAUGGUGCAAAAACAAAAGAUGUCAAGUCUGAGCAAAAGAAAUAAUUUAAGUAUUUAAUGCAUUUAUGGUAGAAAGCAGGGCUCCGGAAAUUUGCCGGUUUGUCGGUUUUGGACUGAUUUUUGACUUUUCAGACCGAUUCAUAAAGUGAAAAAACGAAAAAAAUCGGUCCCGUAAAAAUGGAGAAAAAGUAUAAAAAGUAUAAAUUUCGGUCUGAAAUCUCAAUACACGAUCACCUGCCAAGCAGGAAAUUGUUGGUCACACCCUCAGAUAAUCAAUAAACGUGUCAAAUGGUCUGAUUGUCACCUUGGUAAUCGGUCCGUAAUUAGCACGUGACACAACAGUGCUCGCGCGGCACAUCCUUUAAUGUUUGCAGACAGCCGACUGCAACGUGUUUAACAAUUUUUAGACUGGUUUCCAAAUGCUUCUGACUGGAUCCAAAUGCUUUUGACGGGGACCCACUUAUUCUAUUUAGAUCAUUAGCCCAUGGAUUGCUUUAUUUUGAAGAUGGGUAAAAAGAAACAAAUGGUCAUUGCAUUUAAUGAGACAUCACACGGGAAACCGAUAUAAAUUUUUUUUUUUUUUUUUUAUAAUUACUUGAUUUGUAAAAAUUGUAUGAUUCAUUUGGCAGUCCAGUUGAAACAAGUACAGAAAAUCGUCUUUGCAACCCGACUGUACAAAAAAAAAAUGAAUAUGCAAACCCGAAUGAUAAUGAAAACCGGAGUGGCAGACCCGGCCAGCUUAUCAAAUUGGUCUUAAAAACGUUUCAAAAUGAAAUUUUAUUUACAUCAUUAGAGAACAUAUAACUUUAUAAAACGCAGUU